CCGGCGGCCAUUUUAGGAGCGCCGCGGCGGGCUCUGCAGCGCUCUCUGGCGGCCUCCUGUCCGCCGCUGAGGUCCCCCGCGGGCGGCCAUGAAGUCCGUCUUCGUCACCGUGGGCACCACCAGCUUCGACGAGCUGAUCGCAGCCGUCUCCUCCCCGCCGGCCGUGCGGGCGCUGCGGAGCCGCGGCUGCGAGCAGCUGGUGCUGCAGAUCGGGCGGGGAGCUCUGGAGCCGGCCCCGCGGCGCGCCCCGGCCUUCGCGCUGGACGUGUUCCGCUUCAAGGAGUCGCUGGCCGAGGACCUGCGGAGGGCCGACCUGGUCAUAAGCCACGCAGGUGCAGGUAGCUGUUUGGAGACUCUAGAAGAAGGAAAACCACUCCUGGUGGUAAUAAAUGAAAAGCUGAUGGACAACCAUCAGCUUGAGCUGGCAAAGCAACUUCACAGAGAUGGACACGUCCUCUACUGUAACUGCAGCACUCUUGUGGAAACAUUACAGUCAAUGGACUUGUCAACUUUGAAACCUUUUCCUCCUGGACAACCAGAAAAGUUUGCUUUGUUUUUGGAUAAAGUUGUUGGGUUUGAACGUCUCCACCCGUUCCCCCCGGUACGAGCCCCGGCCUCUUCCCUCCGCUGCCUCCGCCACCUCCCAAGGACGAUGCAGAAGGGCUGGAAGAAGUACUUCGGGCAGAAGUCCCUCAGCGAGGUGACCAUGGACGAGUACCUGGGCAGCCUGGGGCUGUACCGCAAGCUGACGGCCAAGGACGCCUCCUGCCUCUUCAGAGCCAUCUCGGAGCAGCUUUUUUCAUGUCAAAUCCAUCACAUGGAAGUUAGGAAAGCUUGUGUCUCAUUUAUGAGGCAAAACCAGCGUAACUUUGAAUCUUAUGUGGAAGGGUCAUUUGAGAAAUACCUUGAACGUCUGGGAGAUCCAAAGGAAAGUGCUGGCCAGCUGGAAAUAAGUGCUUUAUCAGUGAUCUACAAUCGAGACUUUAUUCUGUACCGGUACCCUGGAAAGCCACCCACUUAUGCUACAGACAAUGGCUUUGAAGACAAGAUAUUACUGUGCUGUUCCGGCAAUGGCCAUUAUGACUCUGUGUAUACAAAACAAUUCCAGGCAAAUGCUGCUAUUUGCCAGGCUGUAUUAUAUGAGAUUCUGUACAAAGAUGUGUUUGCCAUGGAUGAGGAAGAAUUAAGGUCUGCAAUUGAGAUGUUUCGGAGUGGAUCCAAGAAGAACAGAAACAGUGGCUCUGUAGGAAGCGAGGAUGUAAACUUCGAUUGUCUUCACGAAAAAGUACCCAGAAAUCCAUCAGAAAAGAGAGGUGACGACUGGGAAGGCAACUAUGCUGACAAUCCAGUGGAAGAUAAGUUCAGACAAGGCACUGAAGAAUCAAAGCCUUCAGAAAAUUCCUCAAAGAUGCCUUUCCCCUAUAAAGUGCUAAAGGCGCUGGACCCUGAGAUCUAUCGAAAUGUGGAGUUUGAUGUUUGGCUGGACAGCAGAAAAGAGCUUCAAAAAACUGACUACAUGGUGUUUGCUGGGAGACAGUACUAUUUAGGAGACAAGUGUCAGGUGCGUCUGGAGCCUGGAGGUAAGUAUUACAAUGCUCAUAUCCAGGAAGUUGGGCAGGAUGGCAACACAGUGACUGUAUUCAUUGAGGAGCUGGCAGAAAAGCAUACUGUUCCUUUGGCGAACUUAAAGCCCGUGACGCAAGUGGCACCUGUCCUUGCUUGGAAUGUGGUUCCCAGCCGAAAGGGAGGAAGCUAUCAGAAAAUAGGUGGAUACUUCUCAGGAAUAGAAAUGGAUAUGAAAACACGGAAGAGAUUGCUCAAGAAAGUUCGUGGAAAGGAAGUCUUUAUGACUGUGGCUUAUAGCAGGGGUCAGCCCAUUCUUCCACCCCGGCUACAGCAUGGUGUUCCUUCGGAGCGCUCUCCUCCAGUUCACUGCUUGCAGGGUGGUGGAAACUUGGCACCUUAUGACCUCUAUAAUCCUCAGAAUCCUCCUCAGAGACAUAACCGUGGAUUUGGGAUGCCAAGGGGAUCUGCCCGAUUUAUAAACAGGCACAACAUGGUUGGCCCUCAAAUAGCAUUCUACCCCAGUCCAGGAAAGAGAUGCUAUCAGAGCUAUGACAAUUUCUCCUGCAGGUCGCGUUCGUACAGCCGUAGCCGCCGUCAGAUGCAGUGUGUGAAUAAAGAAUGUCAGUAUGGGUUUGUACCGGAGAAUGGAGAGGAGCCUCAAGGAUCAGAAGAAACAAUAACUUUCUAUGAAAUUGAAGAAGGGGAUGAAAGUGCUUUUUCUGCCUUACCAAGCCAGGGUAGCCCUACUCCCAUUGUCCACAGUCCUGCAGGGUUUUGGGUAGCAAGGAGAGGCCCAAACUCUGUUCCAGCCAGCAAGCAAACCCUGAAUUCGUCAGAGGAAGAUGUAGAAGAAACAAGUGAAAAUGGGAAAUUUCAUGAUUUUCUCUAUGCACCUACAGAUCCAGACUGUGAAACUGCAGCAGUAUUUAGUUCAGCAGAGUCUACAGCAAACUUGGAAGAAGGGACAGUCUCUGUGCCGUCUCAAGAUGGAGUGGCUUCCUACAGCUAUCCCCAGAAGGUGAUGGUGAACUCUGCAGUAAUCUCAAACUCCACGGGUGUUAAUGUUGCUCCAGCUACAGUAUUCUCCUCAAAUUCUGCUGCCUCCACUCAAGCCAGCAUCACAACAGCUGUUCCCCCACAAACAGGUGUUCAGCCAGUCCUAGUGUCUCCCCCUUCAAUAGGGACACCAGUAGCAGUUUCAUCAGUGCCAUUCCCAAUUUACUCAGCUCCUCUUCCUCCAGUCAGUGAGGUGGGAGAAGCUGGUGCUGUUCCUCCGCCUUACUCUUGUGAUCCCAGUGGCAGUGAUCUGCCUCGAGAUACAAAGGUCUUGCAGUAUUAUUUUAAUCUGGGACUGCAAUAUUACCACCAGAGCUAUUGGCAUUCCAUGGUGUACGUACAGCCAGUACCACCAGCGUCACCAGUGGAAGCUUAUCCAGCAUAUGCUGAGCCUGCACACGUCCUAGAUCAGUCAGUACCUCAGCUCUAUGCUGAUGCUGGGCGAGCUGAAGUGCAUCAGGUUCCCUUGGAAGCACCUGCAAAUGGUAACUUUCAAAAUGCAGAGCCUCCACCCCCAUCCCACGGCACAGUAUACUACCCAGUGGUGUCAGAUCCCUACAGCCAGCCAUCUCUCCCAGGGUAUGACUCUUGCAUCUCUGUAGUACCUGCCUAUCACUACCUUAGUUCCUGGCAUCCAGUAAAUCCACCGUAUGGAAAUUCCCCACGAAUUCCCAAUGCUGUAAGUUCUGGACCACUACACCAAGUCAGCUAUAUUGCCUCACCUAAUCCUGCACCACACUACAUGCCUCAAGGAAUGUAAAUCUGGGAGGUGUAAGCUCACUUCUUGCACUUGGUUUCUCGUUUCUUUUUUGUCAAUUAUAUAUUAAUGUUGUUUCAUAAGUGUUAUCCUGUCUCAGUGGGCUGGGUUGAUUGAUUUAAGCUGCAUUCAGGUUUCAUGUUUCUUUCCAGGCUUAUGCUAAUGAUAAGCUUGACAGGAUGCUGUUUUGGUAGUUCAUAGAAGAAAGCAUAGGAAAAGAGUAUACAUACACUAUAGUGUAGGGGAACACAAAGCAUAUAUUUGACUACACAAAAUACGUAUAAAAACAAGCUGUCACUAAAGGAAAAUAGCACCAUAUACCUCUGAGGGGUUACACUGGAACACAUAAACAUACGGUUCUUGUUUAAGCAUGACUGCCAUUACAACCACAGCUAAAAACUGGGUGCGGAGUUGUUAGGACAGAAUUGUUUGAAACAAGUUGGUGUUCUCAGAUUUCACCUUUGCAAUUAGCGAUCAUGUAUUUGUAAUAGCUGUAUCUCCUCUGAUUUCACUCUAUGUAGGCUUCAUGUCUCUUGAAAGUGUAAGAGUACUGUUGUGAUCUGUUCUGCUGUACGUUGGUAUGUAUUUGUGAGCUUUGUUUUGUGAAAGCUGUUGCACAAAUGGUGGUAGUCUUGGUGUUCAAUUUGCACUGACAGCACAAAAUAAAAGCAUCUAAC